GGGCUUCAAAGGCCACGAGAGCUCUCGGAUCUCAGCGAGGGUUUCUCUUGCUUUCGAUCUUUUCUAGGGUUUGGGGAGAGCUAGGGUUUUGAUUUUGGAUGGAGGGGCUUGAAGUGGAGGACGAUAACGCUAAUCCUGGUAUGGGAUUUGAUGGAUUCGAUGGUGUUCGACAGCCAGGUGUGAAAUUCGAUGCCUCACAGUAUGCAUUUUUUAAUAAGGGUUCUGUGGAGGAAGUUGAGUUAGGAGGGUUAGAAGAGGAUGAUUAUAUUGGGAAUGAUGGCUUUGCUAAUCUUGAUGAUGAAGACUUCAGUUUUUCUGCUAUUGGGGACAGAGAAGAGUGUGAAGCGUUUGGGACUUUAUCUGAUAUGGAUGAUCUUGCAAGCACUUUCUCAAAGUUGAACAGGGUUGUUAGUGACGCAAGAGGUGUUGGUGUCAUUGGUUAUAGAGGAUCCAUUUCUAGAGAAAGUUCUUCCACUGCAGAUGGGACCAGGGAAUUGGAUUUAAAUUUGCUAGAUCAGCAAGUAUUUGAUGCUGAAAAUGCCCAUGAUGGAAAUAGAUGGUCAUUACCUCAUCCCUCCAAAUUAUCUCUUGCAGAUUCCAAACCAAUAUCCAGAACAUCCUCAUAUCCUCAACAGCCUCAGCAGGAAAAUGACAUAAGUGAACCAAUUAUUUUUCCUAAAUCAGCUUUUAUUUCAUACCCACCACCUGGUGGGCGGUUACAGGUUCCUCCAAAUCAAUCACAUCAACCAAGUAUUUCUUCUCCUCAUGGUGGGAUGCAAAUCCCCUUCUCUGCACCCAAUUUUUCUCAUUUCUCUGGUUCUCAACAUCAUCUGGCUGGAAUGCCUCAUGGCCUGCCCCAUAGUGGGAAUAUUGCUCAAUUUGCCCCUGCGGGACAUUCUGCUAGCAGCCAACAGCAGAACCAUUGGUUGAAUAAAGCCAAUCCUUUUCCAGGAGAGCGUCCCAAUUUGUUAUUACAGCAACAGUUUCCUCAUCCAAAUGGUCUGAUGUCUUCUGAACUUUUGCUACACCAACAAAAUAGGCUGCACCAUAUGCAACCACCUAUACCACACUUCUCACAGUUGCAGCCCCAAUUGUUCAGCCCACACCUGUCGCAACCACAACCACAGAUGAUGAACAACUUUGAAGCAAUGGUUGGGACAAAUAAUAUCAGGGACCAGAGAAUGAAAUUAGCACUGAGGGGAAGACAGAAUUUGUGGUUUCCUCCACAGGGUUCAGAGGGCAGCAACAGUAAAAGUGAGAGUGUGUGGCCAAAGUUCCGAUCUCAGUAUAUGUCUGCUGAUGAGAUUGAAAGCAUACUGAGAAUGCAGCAUGCUGCAACCCAUAGCAGUGAUCCUUAUGUAGAUGAUUACUAUCACCAAGCCUGUCUGGCAAAGAAAUCUGCUGGAUCAAGAUUAAAGCACCAUUUUUGCCCUUCUACCAUUAGAGAUUCUUCUCGAGCUCGUACCAAUAACGAACCACAUGCAUAUCUGCAGGUUGAUGCUCUUGGAAGGAUUUCAUUCUCCUCUAUUCGACGCCCUCGGCCUCUUCUUGAGGUUGGGUCAUUGUCCAAUUCUGGUGAUGUCCUUGACCAACAGUCUUCUGUGAAGCCUCUUGAGCAGGAGCCAAUGCUGGCUGCAAGAAUUGCCAUUGAGGAUGGUCUUUGCCUUCUUCUUGAUGUUGAUGAUAUUGAUAGGAUGUUGCAGUUCAACCCUUCACAAGAUAUUGGUUCACAGCUUAAGCGGAAGCGACAGGUCCUCCUUGAGGGGCUUGCAGCAUCACUGCAGCUAGUUGACCCACUUGGCCCUGGCAAAGCUGGUCAUUCUGUUGGGCUUUCCCCGAAGGAUGACCUUGUGUUCCUUCGUCUUGUAUCGCUUCCUAAAGGCCGUAAACUUCUUUCACGCUACCUUCAGCUUCUUUUUCCUGGCAGUGAGCUUACACGUGUUGUCUCCAUGGCUGUUUUCCGCCACUUGAGGUUCUUGUUUGGUGGGUUGCCUUCGGACGCAGGUGCAGCACAAACAACCAUCAAUCUUGCAAAGAUGGUUUCUUCAUGUGUACAAGGUAUGGAUUUGAGUGCUCUUAGUGCAUGUCUUGCUGCUGUGGUUUGUUCAUUAGAACAACCACCUCUUCGUCCACUUGGAAGUUCUGCUGGUGAUGGUGCCUCUAUGAUCAUAAAAUCUGUUUUAGAAAGAGCAACGGAACUCCUCACUGAUAACCAGGCUGCAAGCAAGUACACCAUAGCCAACCGAAACUUAUGGCAGGCAUCUUUUGAUACUUUCUUUGGGCUUCUUACAAAGUAUUGUCUAGGCAAAUAUGAAACUAUAAUGCAAUCAUUACUUAUCCAGGCACCAAAUGUGUCUGCCAUUAGCUCAGAAGCAACAAGAGCCAUAAGUAGAGAAAUGCCUGUGGAGUUGUUGCGAGCAAGCCUUCCUCAUACUGAUGAACAACAACGGAAGCAAUUGCUUGAUUUUGCUCAGAGAUCCAUGCCAGUCACUGGUGUUAAUGCUAAUGGGAGUAGCGCAGGGUCAAUGACUUCAGAAUCAGUGCCAAGUUAAAGCCACUUGGUUACUUUGAUGGGGUGUGGUUUAUUUUCAUGGGAUCCCACAACCAUCUUACAUUUUACUCGAAUCAUUUUAUUUAAGGAUGUGCUGCAGUUGGCAAAGUAAUGCAGUAGAUACCUAGCAUCUUAAGAAGUCAGGUAACCUACUUGAUGCUACUACCAUCACUUCUAAGGAAUUUGUUUCGUCUUCCCUUCGAUGAACUUAUAGUUGCUAUAUACAUAUUAUGCUAGAAAUUUGUGGGAGUUGUGAGUGGAAGUUUCUUCCAAGGAGCUUAAUUUUGGUGCUCCAUCUUAAACUCCAGAUGAAAGUAGUGCCAUAGAAAUUGUACAGGUUCUGUUUUCUGGAGUCCUUACUCCACUGUUCUUUCAAGGAAAUGUGGAAUGCCACAAGAAUGUAAGUGUUUAUGUAGCUCUUGCUUGGUGAGGCAUAAGACCUGUGAUCGUCACCACAUAAACUUGAUGUCUGCAGGAUGCAUCUUUCCUUCUUUGGUUCAUUGAUGUCUUUUCUGCCCUCGUACUCAAUGUAGUCAGUAGACUUUGUUUGCUCUCUAAAAGCUGAUGCAGUUUCUAGCUUUGCUUUCAGCGUGCAGGUUGUUCUGGAAUACUUUUCUCUUAUGGAUUGUAUAAUAAACUGUAUUCUAUUCUAUGUGUUGUAUCCAUUUUCAAUAAUAAGAAGUUUCCUCAUUAUGAA